AUGAUGCGACGUUUGCUUGGCUUGCUCCCCGGGCUGGGCCUGGGCCUUCUUGCUGAUGGAACGGUCGAGGCCUGCAUGGAUGAUGAUGCUGUUUACGAGAGUACCAAUUGGCUUCAGGAAGCUUACACUCUGGGCUCCAGGCUUGCGACAGAGUCCGAUUUCAAGCAGGCGGGGCCCUUGACAGACGAACUCAAUGCCCAAGGCUUCUCAAACGUGACGGUCCCCAUCGGCCCUGGCGUGAUCCUGGCGAUCGUCGUCUUCAUCCUGCUGCUGGCAGCCCACGAGGCCUUUGUGGCUGCCGGGGCAAAGCCGCUGCUAGCAAACCACGAGAAGCCCAACAGCCUACCGUUGCAAUGCACGUUUGCGAUAUACUGGCUCAUCAUGAUGGUGAAUCUUUCAAUGCUUGUGCCGGUGUCUCUGGAUUACGCGCUGGCUAUGGGACAGUCCGCUACUGCCAGUGGAGUUUUCCUCAGUGCACCCACGGUUUUUGCACUGUUUGGCACGAUUCUGGGGAGACCCCUCACAAGCGAAGUGAAAUGGGACCAAGCAUUCGCCCGCUCUUUGUACCUCGGCUGCCAGAGUGCCAGUCUUGCAGGCAACUUGAUCCUAGCAUUCUUGAUGCAAGCGGCAUGCCACUGGAGCGACGGGACGAGGAAGACGUGCUUCUGGUGCUUCCUCUUUGUGAACGGCGCAAACCAAUUCUUCCAAAGCCUCCCGAUCGUGGGUGUGCAAACCAUGUGGAAUAUCGUCACGCCCAACAGCCAGAAGACGCUCUGGAGCAUGAUCACCGUCGCGUGUCGGAACGUCGGCUUCAUCGUGGGCCCAGUGUGCUUCGCAGCCCUCAGCUUCUCAGUGCGGCAAUUGCGCGACAUUUCUCCGAUCAGCAUGAUGGGCUGGUCCUUUGUUGGGCUCGCAGCGUUUCAAGCUUUGGUGCUGACGACCGCGUCCCUUUGCUUACCGACGGUGGUCCAUCCCCUAGAGGGGGAUGGAAAAGCUGCGACUGAGGAUCAAGACGCGGAGCUGAACCCGGAGGAUCUUGCGCCACAGUCGCGACAGCAGAUUGUGAGAAACGUCAUCGUCUACAGUUAUGAGCGGCCCUUCACCGUCGCGGCCAUCGAGGUCUCCACAAUGAUGCUCUUGGAAGUGCAAUAUGGAUGGUCGGCAGAGUUCUGUGGAGCAUCCUUCAUGUCGGUCGGCACGGCUACAAUGAGCACCACCAUCCUCUGCACCAUUGUGGUGAGCCGGAAGUGGAUCAGCGAGUCUUGGCUCUUCCUGGGCUCCACCCUAAUCUCCCUUUCUGGCGUCUUCCUGCUCUUUGACUGGAAGUUCUAUGCGGCCGCAGGGGGUGGAUAUUUGCUCCUGGCCGACUCCUUGGUCUACGCCUUCUCGGGCGUCUCCAUGGGCAUCUCCCAGGGCUGGGCUACCCGGGCGGCCAUGAAGGGCACGAGCUACGACAUCCAGACCUUCCGGGUGCAGAGCCUUGCUGGCGUGCAGAUCAGCAGGUUCCUGGCCCCCAUUUUGACCCGCUUCAUCCUGGAUUUUGGCGGCCGGAACGUCUACGCCUUGGUUCAGCUGAUCAUGUGCACCAUGGGAAGUCUCACCGUUUGGCGCACCGUCACAGAGGUCUGGCGGGGUGCAAAGCACGGCCAGGAAGCCAAUAAGAAUUCAAACAGCGAACCUAUUCAGAACACUUGCUAG